UGUGCAAAUACAGCUGAGCGCCAUCAGGCGGCACUUUGUCGUCAAAGGAGGCGGGAUGGUUUCCCGCUGCUUUUCCCGCUCAAAUCCCGUUCCCGCCGUUUGAAGGACGACCUGUUGCGGAUAGGAGAGAUGUCAAAGAAAAGAGGUCUGAGUGUUGAAGAGAAGAGAACUCGAAUGAUGGAAAUCUUUUUUGAAACAAAAGAUGUAUUCCAGUUAAAGGAUAUUGAGAAAAUUGCUUCAAAAGAAAAAGGAAUAACGACUAUGUCAGUGAAGGAUAUCUUACAAAGCUUAGUUGAUGAUGGUAUGGUAGACACUGACAGGAUUGGAACAUCAAAUUAUUUUUGGGCCUUUCCAAGUAAAGCAUUGCACACAAGAAAAUCUAAACUGGAGGAACUGCAGAAUCAGUUCUCAGACUAUUGUCAGAAGAAAAAGGAUUUAGAAGAAAGCAUUAAGCAAUCAAAAAUUGGGCGGCAAGAUACUGCAGAACGUGCAGCACUAAUAAAGGAACUUAGUGCCUUACAACAGAAGAAAGACCAUCUAAAGAAAGAAGUAGAUAAAUACAAAGAAUGUGAUCCAGAUAUUGUUGAAGAAAUCCCUGACUCAAACCCGAGGCGAGCGGAGGACUUAUCUGAAUCCGAUGAAGUCCAGCGACGCCAACCGGUUCCUCCUGAAGACAGCAGGGACGACUGCCAAUAAUCCAGGGCCGGACGGCCCAGAGGAGGAGCGGGGAGGAACAAACAGUCCCUCCGACCAGCUCGACUCACUCCCAGAGAAUGAAUUGCGCAGGUCAGAAAGAGUUAGGAGACGCCCUGUCUACCUGGGUGACUACGUGGAAAAAUAACAUGCUAAUUUUAUGUAAAUAUGGGUACAAUGCAUUCUGGGAGGGAAGGAGUGUAAUGUAUUUAAACUUUAGGAGGGAAGUUUGGGCGGGAACUAGCACGUUGCUGAUUGGUUGAAGCCUCAGCCAAAAUAGUAUUUAAAGAGGGGUUUUUGCCUGUUGUCUUUUGCUGGGAUCACUAUAAACUAAAGAGCUGUUGUUACUCACUGGUCUCCUGCCUCUUUAUUGCCCGAACUUAACAAUUAGCAAGACGAUGCUUUAAUUAUUCUGAUCUUUGCUGUGAUUGAAAUGUCCUUAUUUUUGCAUGAUCUCUUCUAGGUUCCUUUGUCUUCUCUCUACAGUUAUCUCUUCUAUAUUUCUCUGACACGCUAUUUCCAACUAUUCUGUCUAUUUUCACUAUGAGGAAAUUCUCAGCAUUUCACAGAUAAAGUCUCGCAGCUUCAUUUGGAAUUGAGCUUUGGCUAGGCAGGUAUUUGUGGAAGUGACUUAAGAUAC